CUUCAUUAAUUGGAUUCAGGUUAGGUUGAUCACUCUCUUUCUCCUCCUCCCCCUUCCUCCGCCAUUACAAAUCCCCCCGAGAUCCGCCCCUCCGAUCCGACGGCCCUGCAAACCCUCCCCUCUGUCUCCGGUUCUCUGCUGUCUCACAGGGCGGGACGAUGGGGGCAAUCAAGCUGGCGGUCGCGGACGGGGUGAUGACCUUCGGGUGGGUGUUCUGCGCCUCGACGCUCGGGGCGGCGACGACGGUCAUCGCCUCCCUGCUCGGGCUCAACCAGGAAGUCCUGCCGUGGGCCUCCCUGGCCAUCACCACGGCCCUCGUCUUCGUCCUCGUCACCGUCUUUGAGGUCAUCGGUGGAGCGCUCGGCGGGGCGAGCUUCAACCCCACCGCCACGGCGUCGUUCUACGCGGCCGGCGUCGGUUCCGACGACCUCCUGUCCAUGGCGCUGCGAUUUCCAGCUCAGGCGGUGGGUGCUGUCGCUGGUGCUCUGGCGAUCAUGGAGUUAAUGCCCGCACAGCACAAGCACAUGCUCGGAGGACCAACUCUGAAGGUGGACUUGCACACUGGAGCCAUCGCUGAGGGCGUUCUGACUUUCAUUAUCACCUUUGCAGUACUUUUCAUCAUUCUCAGGGGACCCCAGAGCUCAUUCUUGAAAACUUGGUUGCUCGCUGUUGCCACCGUAGCCUUGGUCGUUGCGGGGAGUCCUUACACCGGACCUUCCAUGAACCCGGCCAAUGCUUUCGGUUGGGCAUACGUGAACAAUUGGCACAACACAUGGGAGCAGUUCUACGUCUACUGGAUCUGCCCUUUUGUCGGAUCUAUAUUGGCCGCAUGGGUCUUCCGAGUCCUCUUCCCCCCACCCUCAAAGCAAAAGAAGGCCUAAGCGAAGAAAUAGCGAUAGGUUUCCUGCUCCCAUUAAUCAUCGUCAAAUGCUCUAAUCAAGUGUUUCAUCUCCCUACAGUUUUUCCUCUUUCCCCUCUUCUUUCCGGUGAUUGUAUUGGGGUUAAUUCAAGAAUUGGACAACCAGAAUUGCUCUGCCAAAUAAAUGAAAUGUACAUUUUGUUCAUCGGG